GCUGUACGACUUCUAUUUGGCUUAAACAAAGAAGACUUAACUUCGACAGACAGCAUCUCAUCUCAUCUCAUCUCAAACAAAUAAUUUUACCCUUUUGUUGUUCUUGUUUUAAAUUUUUCAGUUUCGAAGACUACAACGUUGGUGUCUUCGGUUUCUGUCAUAAUACCUCAAAUCAACUACCAAAACACAAAAGUAACAGCUUUUCAAGUGUAACUCCUGAUUUCGUUUGGUGGGUCAGUUUCAAGUUUUCAUUUUGUUCACGUUUCUUUGAUCUAUCUAUUCACAAGUACAUAUAGAGAGAGAGAGAGAGAGAUAGACAGUGGUAGCUUGCUGCUGAUUGGUGGGGAAGGUUAUGGCUUUUUGCCCAAUUUUUUGUUGCUUAAAUGUUUCGGAUCGAAAAGGACGUGGGAAGAAACAACCUCCAUGGCGAGUGUUUUCUUUGAAGGAAUUACACUCAGCUACAAAUAACUUCAACUAUGAUAACAAGCUUGGCGAAGGGGGAUUUGGAAGUGUUUACUGGGGUCAGCUUUGGGAUGGAUCCCAAAUUGCAGUCAAAAGAUUGAAAGUUUGGAGCAACAAAGCAGACAUGGAAUUUGCUGUUGAAGUUGAGAUAUUGGCAAGAGUACGACACAAGAAUCUUCUUAGUCUACGUGGCUAUUGUGCUGAAGGCCAGGAACGGCUAAUUGUAUAUGACUAUAUGCCGAAUUUGAGCCUACUCUCUCAUCUUCACGGACAGCACUCGACAGAAAGCCUCCUUGAUUGGAAUCGACGAAUGAAUAUUGCAAUCGGGUCUGCUGAGGGAAUUGUAUACCUUCACGUCCAAGCAACGCCGCAUAUCAUCCAUAGGGAUGUUAAAGCAAGCAACGUGUUGCUGGAUUCAGAUUUUCAAGCGCGUGUUGCUGAUUUUGGCUUCGCCAAGUUGAUCCCUGAUGGAGCAACGCAUGUGACAACUCGAGUUAAGGGCACCCUUGGCUAUCUUGCACCAGAAUAUGCUAUGUUAGGUAAAGCUAAUGAGAGUUGUGAUGUCUACAGUUUUGGAAUUCUCCUUCUCGAACUUGCCAGCGGCAAAAAACCACUCGAAAAACUAAGUUCUUCAGUGAAACGGGCGAUAAAUGAUUGGGCACUACCAUUAGCCUGUGAAAAGAAAUUUAGUGAACUUGCGGAUCCGAGACUUAAUGGUGACUAUGUGGAAGAAGAGCUUAAAAGGGUUAUUUUAGUUGCUCUAAUAUGUGCUCAGAAUCAGCCUGAGAAGAGACCUACGAUGGUCGAGGUGGUAGAACUACUGAAAGGAGAGUCGAAAGAGAAGGUUUUGCAGUUGGAGAAUAACGAACUGUUUAAGAACCCCCUUGCUGUAGGAAACACUAAUGAUGAAAUAUCAGCUGCUGAAGGGAGUUCUGACUUCAUAUCAGCGGAGAACGAAUCUAAACAUGAGAUGGAAGAGAAUGCAGAACCAUGAUUAUUAGUGCAAAAAACAUGGAAACUAUGAAUUUGAUAUGGUUUGUGAAGUUUUCAGGAUUUUUUUUUAUAAAUUAUUAUUAUUUUAUUUUUGCGCGGAUAUAUUGUGCGCCUGUUUAUUAUAGCGGCCGAUUGAUGCGUGUUUGCCCAUCUAUGAAUGAAGGUAUGAACCAAGCAAAUUUAUUGAUGUGGAACUACGGAUUGAUAUGGUUGAGUACAGAUUGUGUGAAGUUUGCAGAAAUUGUAAGAUAACGCUUUUCUUUUCUUCAUUUAUUUUGGACCGCACAGACUUUAAGAUAGUAUUUCUUCCAUUUCA